AUGGCUGAUGUUCAAACAGUAAUCGUACAUGUUGCACCUCAGAUUAGGUUUCCUGAACGUUCUUUUACAGUCAAUUUUACCACUCCAUCUCAAAUUUCAAUUGGGUGCAGUGCUACAGGCAUCCCAGAACCAAUGGUUGAAUGGCGUGUAGCUGAUACAAAUGACAUAAUCACCAACAGCGCAAAGUAUUCUGUAAAAUUUGAUGUUAAUCAAAGCUCAAGCAAAACAGUCUUUGCAGUGAUAAGCAAUUUGACUAUCUACAAUACAAUCACCAGUGAUACACGCCCAUACGUUUGCAGUGUUACAAGUCCUGUGUUUACAACUCCUGUAGAGACAACAACCAAUGUCAUUGUACAAGUUUUUCCAACAUUUAUAUCAUCAUCUGAGAAUGUGACUGUACUAGCAGGGACUCAGGCUGCUCUACGAUGUGCUGCUUCAGCUGCACCUGUUUCAUUUAUUGAAUGGAGGAAAAAUGAAGACAUUCUAGCAAAUAACAGAAGAUAUAUUAUAGUUGCAUCAUCGGCUUCUACAUCUCCACUCUUUGGAAGACCAUUUUUGAUAACAACGUCAAGCCUGACUAUUUCUGGCAGCCAUUACACUGAUGCUGGUAUUUACUUUUGUCGUUCUAUCAAUACAGUUGGACAAGUUGACGGCAGGGAAUCACGUCUAGUUGUUCAAGUAUUUUUGUUAUUUAUGAUUAGUUUCGCCAACUUUUACUACUCAGCCACUAUCUCAAAUUCGUAA